AGAGAGAGAGAUGGGGAGAGAGAGAGAGAGAUGGGGAGAGAGAGAGAGAGAUGGGGAUGGGGGGAGAGAGAGAGAGAGAGAGAGAUGGGGAGAGAGAGAGAGAGAGAGAGAGAGAGGGGGAGA